UCACAGAGGCUCGUCAGGGAAGCCCUUCAGGACUCGCCGGAACUAGAUGACACUCGCUACUUCGUAAUCUACCGUGUUUCCAACAGACAGUCUACACGGACUGCUCUCUAAACAUCCCAAAGUUCACUGUCAACCCGGGUCCCACCCGUUGCUACACGACGCUUCGUGUAGCAAGGCCCAACCUCUUCACGCGGCUACAUCACUUCCGCCAUCGACUCAAGAUGUCGGAAGACUCAGAGGCAGUGCUGCAGCUCCCUGCGGCUUCGGCCGCGGCCGGCGGCGAGUGCCUUUCGGAGCUCUCCCCGGAAACAGCCACCCCAGAGCCCCCGUCUUCGGCUGCAGUUUCGCCCGGUACCGAGGAACCUCCCGGAGACACCAAGAAAAAAAUUGACGUCUUGCUGAAGGCAGUAGGAGACACUCCUAUAAUGAAAACAAAGAAAUGGGCUGUGGAGCGAACCCGGACCAUCCAAGGACUCAUUGACUUCAUCAAAAAGUUCCUUAAACUGGUGGCCUCAGAACAGUUGUUUAUUUAUGUGAAUCAGUCCUUUGCCCCUUCCCCAGACCAAGAAGUUGGAACUCUAUAUGAGUGUUUUGGCAGUGAUGGUAAACUGGUCCUACAUUACUGCAAAUCACAGGCAUGGGGAUGAGCCACAGAUGAACAACUUGGUGUUUUCACAGAAGAAAACAAUUCAGAGAAGUUUCGAUGCUGUGGGAAGAGACUUAAUAACUAUCACAUAUUCAGCAUGGAUCUGAUGACUUGUGUUUAUGUGUAAGAAAACAUCCUAGAGUAAAUAGACUAAUGAAUGAGAUUGUGUCACCAUGAAAUCAUCGUGAGAGAUUGCUGUUAGAGUGCUGUUACUCCUCCGCACUCCUGUUCCAAGGUUAGAAAGAAGACUGGAAUUCUGUAUGUACUGCGGGGUCUCAGGCUGACUGAAGUUGUUUAUUUCUGGGAUUGGCACUGUGUUGAUUCCAUGAUAAAAACUAAAGUACUGAAGGGAUUGUGUUUUGAGGUAAUUUAUAGUUUUUUAACUUAUUCAGGGGACCUCUGUUUGGGAUAUAGAAUGUUAACUUAUCUGUGUUGCUUUGUAAAAUAAAAUGCACUGAUCUUAAGUGUCCAGUAGAGGGCACCCAGGUGGCAACAAGGCUUGACAGUUUUCACGUCUUUGCCAGGUAAUUGGAGGAAAGACUGUUGAACCUCAUUUCUAGUUAAUAUGUAAUCCGGAAAGCAGCUGUGUUGACAGACCGGAGGACUUAGGGGAUAUGCAUAGUUUAAAAUUAAUCAUGCAGGGACACAGUUUUACAAAUUGUGAGCAGAUGAGUCUCAACUCUUUUCAGUCCUCUCAUUUAUGGAUCCUUAGCCUCAUCCUGGGCAUUGUGAUGCACACCUGUAAUCUCAGCGCUCAGGAACCAUGAGCAGGAGGAUUGGACCAGGAGUCCAUAGCUAGACUGGACUGCAAAAGAACUUAUCCCAAAAGGAUUCUAGAGCCCUACCCAGUGUGUUCCCACUGUCACUUCUGUGUUGGAGGAGCUAACUUGGGAAACCAAGCGGCACCAAGUUCCCCAUUUCAUCCCAACCCUUAUUUCUCAUCUCUCUGUAUUUUUAGUUUGUAUUUUUGCAAGCCUGGGGAUCAUUCUCCGUGCCUUGUGCAUUCAAGGCACGGGCUCUGCCGAGCUGCAUCUCCAGCGUUCAUUGAGUGUUCAUUGUAUGUUUUCCAAAUUGAAAGCAUUCCGAGCUAAAGGUUGAAAAAUAGUGUCUAAUUUUAUGUGUAUUUCAUGCCAUCACAAAAAAAAAAAAAAAAAAAAAAAAAAAAAGCAUGCAACUGUCACUGGUGGUGUUAGCCUGGCCAUUACUUGAGCCAACAUUUAACCUUUUUCUUACAUACUUCAUGUCAAACUUUUUUUUUUGAGACUGAGUCUCACUAUGUGGAUCUGCCUAGCCUGGAACUCACAGAUCGGUGUGCCUGUCCAUGCCUCCUAAGUGCUGAGACUGAAAGGAUAGACCACCUCACCCAGCUCCCUAGGAGUCUUAGAAAGAUUUCCAACCAGCAGCACACAUGACACACAACGCCAAGCUCACUCUUACCUAGCAUUGAGGAGGUGGAGGCAAGAAGAUUGAAAGUUUAAGACUGUGGGCUACAGAAUAAGAUUGUCUCAAAAAUAAACAUGAAAUUAACUCCUCUGGAAAAAAAAUUCUAAUAAAUGACAUGUCUAAGAGGAUUACAGGGUUUGAAGUAUAUAAGGAUUCUAAGUGUUUACUUUCAAAGGUGAGGAUAGAAAUGUAUUUUUAUCAAAAGAAAAACCUUGAAGACCUGAAAUGCUACCCUUUUUUUGUUCUGCUAUUAAGGUUGGCAGUGUCACUCAGGCUGACCUGCCUCAAGCUCCUGGCAGCAGGCUUACAGUUGCACACCGCUGCACCUGGCUCAUUUUUAACUCUUAAGCCCUAGAGUGCUUUAGCGUAGUCCUCAGCUAGGAAAACACCUUAGCUUGAAAGCUGGGACAUACUGGUUUAUGAACAAUGUCAGUUGGAAAGGGAAAGAUCUGUUCUAGCUUUGCCUGGUAGGAGAAGACUGAGAGAACAUAAUGGUAGACAUUUAACAGGAGAAAUCUGUUGAAUUAUUGUUGGCUCGUAUUUAUUCAGGAUGACAGAAUGCUUAUUACCUCUAUGAAAUCAAAAAUAAAUUUGAAUUUGUAACAUU